AAUUUUCAAAAAAAUAAUUAAAAAUUUAAUUUGAAAAAAAAUUAAAAAUUUAAUUUGAAAAAAAAUUAAAAAUUUAUUUCCAACACUAAUUAAAAAAUUAAUUUUCUAAAAAUUAUAAAAAACUAAUUCCCAAAACCAAAAAAUUUAAAUUCCAAAAAUUAAAAAAAAAUAAUUCCCAAAAAAAAAACAAAAAAAUAAUUUCCAAAUCUCCCCCCACACACCCAAACCGGAACAUGGAAAUUGUGAAAAUGGAAACGAAUUUACCACACCCACCGUCGGCUGCCACACAACCCACAACAGCGCCUACAACAGCAUUGCCGUCGGUGCCACAAACGCACACGCUGUCACCAACAGCCAGUGCGGCCGCUGUGCGUCAGCAGCAGCAGCAACAACAACAGCAACAUCACCUACCGCUCGACUAUAGUUUGGGUAAUUUCAAGCCAGCUGUUGCCGCUGAUUUUCCCAGCAAUUUUGUUAGUGGCAGCAACGGUGGCACGGCGGCCAGUUUGCCGUUACGCGAUUUAAAUAUGCGCUCUAAUAUCACAACAACAGCAGCAACAACAAUACCGAAUCCAACACAAUUACUGCAACAACGCGUGCAACAGCAGCAACAACAACAGCAACAGCAUGGCAGCGAUCAAACGCAAGAUUAUCAACCGGUAUCGGCUUUCAAAGCCGUCUUGCCGAAAAAGAAAAUCGCCGACGAUGAGCUCGCCUUCAGCAUCAAUCGUCUGGUGAAAGCCGAACACUUGUCCAGUCAUCACCCGCCUACGUUACUCAGUAGCAGCGCCGCCAACAACGCAGUAGCGAAACAUGACGAAGAUAACAACAACUCCAUCUGCAUUCUGAGCAAAAAUCAAAUACUACAAUGGAAAUUACAACAACCGCUAAGUGAUAGCGGCAUUAGCGAACCGCGUUCCUACACGGAACACGAUAUGAUUUCCAGAUCGCGCAGUCAUUCGCGCACCUCAUCACAAAUCGAUCUCGAUGACGAUAGCAAUUGCCGACGCUCGCUGCAUUCGCGUUCGCGUUCACGUUCAAGUUCCGUCGAGCUCGAAGUCGAUUCACCGCCACCGCCCGCCUUGCACCACCACCACCACCACCACCAACACAACAGUCGCACCAGUCCAUUGAGUUCGCCGCCAACAACCGCAGAGCUUUUAAUUAGUUCGAGUCCGAAAAAGUCUGAAAUGUUUUCAGUGUCGGCGCUUUUGCGGCGCGAUGAGCCGGCGGCGCAUGGCGUGACGGUCGUACGACCGUUGCAGAAGUCACCAACAGGCAUGAGUUUGCCGGCUGGCGUGAAUCCCUUCGAGGCGUUUCGCAAUGGUUAUGUGAGCAGUAGUGGUGGCGGCGGCGGUGGAGGCGCUGCCAGCUACGAGCCGCCAUUCUUUCAACGACCGCUGUUGCCGCCCGCCUUUCCGCUCUUCGCCGCCUUUGCGCUGCAUCAGGGUCAACAAUCUGGUUUAACCUCAGCCUACCAUCCCGCUUCGCAGGAGGACAUCUUUCGGCUGCGCAAUCUGAUGGUGCCUCUGCAGGCGGGUCAAAAUGGCGACGCGUCUGGUCUGCCGCCAAAUUCCCAUCUCGGCCUGCCACAUCCACCGCAUCUGCAUUUCCACCACAUGGCCAAAUGGCCCGGCCUGCCGCAAUUCAGUGACCUUUACUCAUGCAUGAAGUGCGAGAAGAUGUUCUCCACACCGCACGGCCUCGAGGUCCACUCACGGCGUACGCAUCACGGCAAGAAGCCGUACGCUUGCGAACUCUGCAACAAGACUUUCGGCCACGAAGUUAGUUUGAGUCAACACAGAGCUGUUCAUAAUGUGGAGAAGGUUUUUGAGUGCAAACAAUGCGGCAAGCGUUUCAAACGCUCCAGCACGCUGUCUACACAUCUGCUGAUACACAGCGAUACGCGGCCUUAUCCUUGCAGUUAUUGCGGCAAACGUUUUCACCAGAAGAGCGACAUGAAGAAGCACACCUACAUACAUACAGGCGAAAAGCCCCACAAAUGCACGGUCUGCGGCAAGGCGUUCAGCCAAAGUUCCAACCUCAUCACGCACUCACGCAAGCACACCGGCUACAAGCCGUUCGCCUGCAAACUCUGCCACAAAUCAUUCCAGCGCAAAGUCGAUCUGCGUCGCCACAAAGAGACGCAACACACCGACCUGCGACCGCUGAUCGAGCGCAACCUCGGCGGCAAGGUGGAGUUCAUGGCGGCGGCCGCGGCGGCGGCAGCGCAACAAAUGGGCCAACACGAUGCGCUGACGCCCACAAUGGGCGGCCACAAUCACGGUGGCAGUAGCGGUGCUGGACUCACCGCUAACGGUAUGAGCCCCGCAGCAGCAGCAGCAGCGGCGGCGGCGGCAGCUGCAACGUCCAUCAACACGCAAUUGGCUUCGAUGAAUUGCCAAAAGGUGUCGUUGUUGGUAUAACAGGCACAAUAACAGCGACAACAACUACAAUUACAACAACAACAUGAGAGAUUAUUAGAGCAGCAGCUGCGCAUGCAGCAAGAAUGCCUGCAAGUCGAUUAGGCGUUAAGGUGUUAGGGCGAUGGGAGCGAGUGGGCGGGUUAAAAUAGCAAAUAAUGACAACAACACUCCACAACAACGAUUAUGUGCAAUAAAAUGUAAAAUAUAUGAACAGUUAUUCAAAUUUUUGUGCAAAAGACGAAUUGUGGGCGCAGAGUGUUUGCGUGAAUUUCCAUGUACAGUUAGUAUUUGUAUUAUAUAAUGAAAUACUUCGAAAUUUCCAGUGUUGCCAAAGCAAAGCAAUAGUUUUGCGCUUUUUUUAUAUAAUUUAGUGUGUACAAAUUAUUAUUUAAGUGUUAGAGUUGGAGCAAAUUCUGUUGGAAUAAUAUAGAAAAUAAAUUAAAAUUAAAUUAAAUGAUAUAAAUUAAAAACAAUAAAUAAAUA